GCCACCUGCGACAGGUGGAGCGCACGGCGCGGGAGCACGGCCAUGUCCGCCGAGGGCUCGGAGCUGGGGCCCGGGUCCGGUCCCGGGCCGGGGCCUGAGCCGGGGCCACUCUGCCCCGAACACGGCCAGGCUCUGAGCUGGUUCUGCCGCUCCGAGCGACGGCCCGUGUGCGCCGCCUGCGCGGGGCUGGGCGGUCGCUGUCGGGGGCACCGCAUCCGCCGGGCGGAGGAGCGCGCCGAGGAGCUGCGGAACAAGAUUGUGGACCAGUGUGAGAGGCUGCAGUUACAAAGUGCUGCCAUCACCAAGUAUGUGGCGGACGUCCUGCCAGGGAAGAACCAAAGAGCAGUGAGCAUGGCCAGUGCAGCGAGGGAACUGGUUAUCCAGCGGUUGAGUCUGGUGAGGAGUCUUUGCGAGAGCGAGGAGCAGCGGUUACUGGAACAGGUGCAUGGCGAAGAGGAGCGGGCCCACCAGAGCAUCCUGACACAGCGGGUGCACUGGGCCGAGGCACUGCAGAAGCUUGACACCAUCCGCACCAGCCUGGUGGGCAUGCUUACCCACCUGGAUGACCUGCAGCUGAUUCAGAAGGAGCAAGAGAUUUUCGAGAGGACCGAAGAAGCAGAGGGCAUUUUGGAUCCCCAGGAGUCGGAAAUGUUGAACUUUAAUGAGAAGUGCACUCGGAGCCCACUACUGACCCGACUCUGGGCAACGGCGGUUCUUGGGUCCCUCUCAGGCACAGAGGACAUACGGAUCGAUGAGAGGACAGUCAGCCCCUUCCUGCAAUUGUCAGAUGAUCGAAAGACCCUGACCUUCAGCACCAAGAAGUCAAAGACCUGUGCAGAUGGCCCAGAGCGCUUCGACCACUGGCCCAAUGCCCUGGCUGCCACCUCCUUCCAGAAUGGGCUCCAUGCCUGGAUGGUGAAUGUCCAGAACAGUUGUGCCUAUAAGGUGGGCGUGGCCUCAGGUCACCUGCCCCGCAAGGGUUCUGGCAGUGACUGCCGUCUGGGCCACAAUGCCUUCUCCUGGGUCUUCUCUCGCUAUGAUCAGGAGUUUCGUUUCUCACACAAUGGGCAGCACGAGCCCCUGGGGCUGUUGCGGGGCCCAGCCCAGCUGGGUGUACUGCUGGACUUGCAGGCUCGGGAGCUGCUCUUCUAUGAGCCAGCCUCCGGCACAGUGCUGUAUACCCAUCAUGGGUCCUUCCCGGGGCCCCUCUUCCCAGUCUUUGCUGUGGCCGAUCAGACCAUUUCCAUUGUCCGCUGACCUCUGGCCACAGGAAGCCAGGUCCACCUCCCACCAUCCUUUCAGGCCAUGUUUCUACUCAGUGUCCUUUUCCCAAAUGAUGUGUGUGGUGUUUCUAAGGGAAACAAGGCCCACAACCAGUGGGCAGCUUUAGGAGGGAUGGGGAUCUCUUUCAGAUCUAGGCACAACCUGUAAAUCACAGGUGUCCAAACUUUUGGCUUCCCUGGGCCACAUUCGAAGAAUUUUCUUGGGCCACAUAAAAUACACUAACGAUAGCUGAUGAGCUUAAAAAAAAAAAAAAAAAAAAAAGUCUGUUUAUACAUUUUCGUGAUAUCUGCCACCACGGAUAAGCAAAAAAGUCCUUGCAUUCAAAGGGUUGGAGAUUGCUGCUCUGAAUGCUGGCUAUCUAUGGGGAACCCAUUGUUCCCUGGGCCUUAGUCUCCCAAAUCCACCAUGCAUCUGCCCCUCUGAGGGUGUCUUCACUUUGUCUCUGGCAUCCAGCAUGGUGCCUGGUGCAUAGUGAGUAUGCAAUAAAUAUUUGGCAGGUGAGUGGAUGGAUAGAUGGAUAAGUGAAUGUAGGUGGACAGGUGACUUGGUUGGAUGUGGUGGUCUCUGGAGAAGCACUGCCAUUCAGCCUCCUGCUCCAGCUUUGCACAUGCAGAAGUGCUUCUCUUCACAGGCAGAGGAGCCUGUGGCUAACGUUUCCGCAUCCAAUUAAUUCAGUGCUGCUUUUUCAUGACAUGGCACAUAGAGAAAAUAUUUUUUCUAGCACACAAGAGCAACCUGAAAGGCUACUCCUGGCCAGCGGACUCUGUCCUAGGGGACCGUGUCCUCCCCCAUGUCCUGCCUAGGCCCUCAGAGGACCAGGGAAUCGUGUCUCCAGGUAACCUGACUGCAGCCCCAUCAUCAGCAUCUGUCUCACACCUGCCGACUGAGCUCCAGCCUGUGCCCACCGGUAAUAGCAGGGAUGGCCUUUUCCCUUAGAGAAGCUGAUAAGUUUCCCUACCUGAUGGCCCCUUCUAACAUAAACUGCAUACCUGGGGUGAUGGCUUAAAGCCAGAAAGAGCUGAGGGAGCAAGAGGGCCAACCUCAGGGCACGUGGGCAUUAUUAAAGGUCUUGAAAGCAUUAAAGAUUUAUUCCAUGUU